AUGACACAGGAUCAUGCUUCAGAUACUGGUGGAUUAGGUAUUCUUGUUGGCACAGAAGUGUUAUUUUGUGGUGUAUUUAUUGCUCAUCCAAAAGAUCCACUUGCAUUUUUAGAAGAAAAGCUCAGAGAAUUAAUGGCAAAGGGAUUAGAUACUUUCUUAUUCAGGUCAGAAACUGUAUUAAAUUACUCAUUCUGUUUACAGUUCAGAGAAUGGAUAAAAUAUAAUUUGCUGAAAAGGAAUGAGAAAAAACAGAAGAUGGCUCUAGAAUAAGUCCAUUAUAAUGUCCAAAUAUUAAAAGUUAUUACACAGAAGUGGAACAUGUGGAUACUAACUGACAAGGAAAGAAAGACAUGUAAGUCUAGGUAUGCAUAUUGUUUCUUCUUCAUACUUAAAAUUGCAUAUUUUAAGUGUUGCAUAUCAGAAAUUUCAGUAUGUGAUGAUGCAAUUCAGAAAUGCAAAUGGUUAUGGAUAUGCGACAUUUUAGUAUGUAAACAUGUCAAAAAUAUUAUGCAGAAGUGACAUCCAUGUGUGUUAUGUUUGACUCUUUGAGGCUGCUCUUCUUUUCACUGGCCUAGCUUUAAAGUAUUUUUAAAUACUUUCUUCUUCCCCAAUUUACAGUAAAUGAGUUUAGCUCACUGCAGAAAAUACAAAGGUUUACCAUACCUGGACUCUUGAAAAGGCUGUCACAAGAUCAUCUGUCUGGAAAUUCCAGGUUGCAUUCAGGUUUGUACUGAUGUCUUCAGAAAUACUGCCAAUGGCUGCAAUUGGAUUCAAGAUUUGCUAAUCAGCAAAAUGUUAACUCUUACAGACAGACUGAUUUCAGUGGGUAUUUGGAUCAUGCUCUUAAUGAAUGUCAGAUGUGUUACUUGCAUCUUAAAUAUUUCAACACUGAAUAACCAAAAUACUGAUUUAAAUUUCAAGUUGAUGAGUAAAUGUUGCCCAUACAUCAGGCAUCAUGUGGCUGAUUGCCAGAAGAUUACAGAAGAUGGUGUUAAGAUGAUUUCAUCAUUGAAGCAUAUUGUUGUACUGCAUAUGGCAGACUGCACAAUGAGUGCUGAAAAUGCUGGAGCAAUUCCACGUUAUCCUGUUGGUAGUUUAGCUGGGCAGGGCACAGAUUACCUGGAACACUGCCAUGUCUCAUACUGCCCUCAGCUGACAGAUGAAGCUGUGAAAACAAUGGCAUUUUACCGCCACAGACUGACAUCUGCCAACAUAGUGAAUUGCCCAAAGAUUAUGGAUACAUGUGUCCAAUACAUGGCUGCAGCCUGACAUUAUCUCCCCUUCUUGGACAUCUCAGGUUGUAUUCAUCUUACUAACAACCUGAAAUAUUUUUGGAAAGACUGUGAGCAACUCCAGAUUCUCAUGACAUAGUACUGUAGAAAAAUAACCAAACAAGCUGUCUUGAAAUACACAGCUGAACUGGAGGAACAGGAACAUAAUGUUGACCCUCCUUCCUGGCUUGGAUAUGACUGGGAUGGUAACAUAUCACCUUCACCAAAAAACACAGAUCAGAGCCUGAAAAAACAAAUUCUUCAAAAUGAAAAAUGAAGAAACU